AUGGUGUCCAGUGAAGCCUGGCGUUUCCAAAAGCAUGCAUGGAUCGCCACGCUCUUCGCCAUCAUCUCGGGCUAUGCGGAUGUGGUGAGCCUGGCGAGAUACCAAGCCUUUGCUAGCAUCCUCACUGGCAACGUGAUUUGGCUGGCGAGGGUCACGGUGCAUCCCGCAUCGAACGACAAGCACAGCGGGUGGUUUUACGCGGCUCUGUGCGGGUCCUUCGCUCUGGGCGCCUUUCUGCAUCGCAUCUGCGAGUUGUAUUGGCCCAACCGCGGGGGCUCCCUGGCAGUGCUGCCCUUCGCCAUGCUCAUGCUGAUGAUGGAGACGGUGUAUCUGAUUGUAGACAGCGACCGCGUCUUCGACGAGCCAUAUCUGCGUUGGAGCGUGGUCCUGGUGUCUCCCAUGUUUGGCGUGAUCUCUGCGGCAUGUAGCACUGGGCGCAUGGGCACCCACACCACCAUGGUCACGGGCCACGUCUUGACGAUCUCCGGCCUUCUAGGCAAUCUAGUCUUUCUCAGACAGCUGCGCGAGCCGGAGAUCCAAAAGCUGAUCAUGAGCACCAUGGUGAUUGCUGGAACCAUAGGUGGUGCUUGCUUGGGCGGUUGGAUGGUGAUGACAGUGAGCUUGCACGUGCUUUUAUUCCCGGUGCCAAUCAUCACCUACGUCCUGCUGUGGUUGCAUGACCACCUCUGUCGCCCGAGAUCUUUGAUCAAGAAGGUACAGAAGCGCAUGCGCGAGAACGCGCGCGACUUGGAGUCGAUGUCCGUGGAGUCGGUCUCAGAUUCGCUGGAAGACGAUGAGAUCUCUUCCGUGGAAGAGGACUCAGAGGUACAGUGCUGA